GAGUUAACCUUUCUAAUUCUGAAACUCAAUGGUUCGUUUGAAAUUGUAAUCAAUUUUUUUGAUGGAUAUUGGUAUAUAGAGUUAUUUUACCCUAAAUUAGAUUGAGAUGUUACUUAACUAAUACAAAAUGCAAUUAAACAUUUGAUGAGCUUUAUCUUCUGAUGUAAUAUGGUAUAAAUCGAAGAAUAUCAUUUGGAGUUUAUAGCUACAACAUGAUAAAUAUCUAGAAUAUGGAGAAGUGAACAACUACAUUUUAUCAGUGGAAAUUCGAGAUGGUUACCCAUUUUUCCAAAAAGAGAUUAAGAUCAGUUUUAAUAAUAGUCUUAGCUGCAUUAGUUUUUCACCUAUGUGGUGGGUUUUUGCACCUAUUUGCUAGAGAUUUUAGUGAAGACUUUGAUUAUCCAUAUAGUGGUAAUGUCAAAUUUCUUGUUGACCAGAUGAUGAAUGGGGCUGAGUUUACACCAUCAAAUUAUUAUUAUUUUAAAUAUAGGUCCAACUUGAGUCAUAUUUGUAACAGUUCAGUGAAAUUGUUAUUUCUUGUGAAAUCUGACCCAGAGCAUUAUGAACAAAGGAAUAUUAUAAGAUGGACUUGGGGGUCAACAAAGCAGUUUGAUGGAAACAUUAAUAUUAAAACUGUUUUCUUGAUAGGAUCACGAGAAUAUGAGAAUGAGAGACUAACUGCAGAAUCUAAUACCCAUAAUGAUAUAUUACAAGGAAAUUUUACUGACUCAUAUUUCAAUAAUACAAUAAAAACCAUGAUGGGUUUCAAGUGGGCAUUUGAAUUUUGUUCUAAAUCUACAGAUUAUUUCAUGUUUGUAGAUGAUGAUUAUUAUGUUUCUCCUAAAAAUUUAUUGGAAUUUGUUAAGAAUCCAUAUAUUUUUCCAGGAAGAGAUAAAAGGGUUACGAAGUACAGUUUUAUUGAUUUGAGUCCAGAUAAAUUCGAAUUAUAUGCAGGCUUUGUGUUUGAAUCAUCUCCUUUUCGAUCAUAUUUCAGCAAGUGGUAUGUGUCUUUGAAAGAAUAUCCUUAUAACAAGUGGCCUCCUUAUGUUACUGCUGGGGCUUAUGUUUUGAGUAGAUUAUCUUUGAUAAGGAUGUAUUAUGCCAGUUUAUUCAUGGAUCAUUUUCGAUUUGAUGAUAUUUAUGUUGGUAUUUUGGCAUACAAACUUAAAAUUGAGCCAAUUUACAAUGAAAAUUUUCAUUUUCAUAAGUUAUCUUAUACAUCAAAAGGUUAUCGACAACUUAUAGCUUCACAUGGCUAUAGCAACCCAGAGGAAUUGUGGAGUGUCUGGAAAGAUUACAACAAUUAUGAAAAGCUUAUAGAGCAAACUGGUGCUCCUUGAAUAGGAAUAUUUUAACAACAAAUUUGAUUCAUUGGGUAAGAUGAGAAGAAUAGUAUGAAAUUUACAACAGGAGAAAUCGAUCUUUGCUCACUGAAAUCAACAAACAAAUUUUGUGUGCAAUGUUAAUGUUGAUUUUUGAUCACCUGUUAUUUGUUAUUGAAGUGUUGUCACUAGUGUGAACUUAUUAAUUUUUUUGUGAGUUUCUGCAGAGAAAUUAUUGACACUUCUUAAUUUUGUAGAUUCAUUGUAAACAUUUUUGAAAUAUAAUAUUUUUUUAAAUCGUA